AUGGCUAGAAAUUUUGAUGAUAUGUUUAAUGAGGCUUUGUAUGGCGAAAGAAGAUGGCAAGAUAACACACUCAUAGAUAAUUGGAUCGAUGAGUGUUUACUCGAAGAUUCAGAAGAAGAAGAUAUCGAUAGAAGCUCUAUACCAACUACUCGUAGAUGGAUCAACAGAGAUCGAGAAGCAAGACAUGAUCGCCUUUUCCAAGAUUACUUUACAGAUGAACCGGUGUAUAAUGCUAACAUUUUCCGACGAAGAUUUCGAAUGAGAAGACAUGUGUUCCUUCAGAUAGUAGACGCUCUCUCAAACGUCUAUCCGUAUUUUCACCAGAGGGUUGAUGCAACCGGAAGAAGAGGCUUGUCGCCACUCCGAAAAUGUACCGCUGCGAUACGGAUGCGAGAGCACACAAUUGAAUGCUUGGAAAAAUUUGUUGAAGGUGCCAUUUCGGUGUUCGAUGAUGAAUACUUGCAAAAACCCAAUCCAAAUGACGUACGACGCCUGCUACAAAUGGCGGAGGGUCGUGGCUUCCCUGACAUGUUGGGUAGCAUUGACUGCAUGCAUUGGCAAUGGAAAAAUUGUCCAAAGGCGUGGAAAGGUAUGUACAUGAGUGGUUAUCGUGGGGUUGCAACCAUAGUACUUGAGGUUGUAGCAUCUUCGGACCUUUGGAUAUGGCAUGCGUUCUUUAGAGUUUCUGGUUCAAAUAACGAUAUCAACGUGUUAGAUCAUUCUCCAGUGUUCGAUUAUAUUCUAAAUAACUGUGCUCCAGAGGCCAUAUUUGUCAAAUCAAUCUCAAAGCCACAAGGGGAGAAACGCAAGUUAUUUGCACAAUACCAAGAAGGGUAA